UUGUGCUCGACCAACCCCUCCAAGAAGAAGAAAAUUGAACUCUCAAAACACUCUCCAUUGCUGCAACUCGAGCUCAAGCCAUAGAGGUCCAAGGAGGAAGAUUUGAGAAGGAAAAAUCUAGGAAAAGUGUGAAUAAUAAAGGAACUUGUAAAGGGUAUUUCAAGUGAUUUCACAAAGUUGGAAAGGUCGCCGGAGUUGUCGCCGGAGUUGACCAAAAUUCGCCGGAGUUUCACCGGAGUUCAACCAAGAAGGGUAGAACUUCAUAACGCUAGUUCAAGGUUGAAGCUAGGGCUUACUACCUGCACCUUUCUACGGGUGACAUCAAUCAAGGAAGACGUGAAAUGGAGGGUAGGCGAAUGGCAACAAGAAUUGACCCUAAGGGACAAGCGCCGGUAGCUUACCUUGAGGAUAGCCGGGCUGUGUCGCGAGCCUUUACGAGGAGAGGAAUAGGUCAUGGGGGCCGCGAGGGCCGCGAGGGUCGCCAAGCGGCAAGCGCUAGUCACGUGGGCUCGAUGUGUAACAUGAACACCAGGAGAAACGAACGUAGGCGUCAGGCUAGGCGAGAUCGGGCCACCUCCCAACGUGAUAUGACUGUCAGUCAAACCCAUCCUUGGGCAAACGACCAAGGAGGAGAAAGCACUUUUACGGCACCAGCAUCACCGGUAAAAAAGAAAAGGAACUCAAAGUGGCAUACGUCCUUUCCUUACUCUUUAAGAUCAUCCAAAUGUUCGAAUUGCUCUAAGAAGCAUUUCGGGAAGUGCAUCGAGCCCCCGAUGUGCUACGAAUGUGGGAGCACAACCCAUAUGAAAUUAAGCUGCCCAUGGAGGAGACAACGAGAAACAUCGCAAGCCGAUGAAGGGCUCACCGUGGAAGGAAACCAUACGGGACCAACGACGAGCAACGCUAUGUUCGGCAACCAAUGUGGGACCCAAACACGAGUGUACGCAAUGACCGAGGCGGAUGCGCGAGCAAACCCGGACUCCGUUGCAGGUUGAAGCUAGGGCUUACUACCUGCACCUUUCUACGGGUGACAUCAAUCAAGGAAGACGUGGUUCGUGCUUCCUCAUUUUAUUUCAAAUUACCAAACAUUGCUCAUGGAUAUUUUUAUUGUCAUAAACUAUUCUUUUGGGGCUUGCAUGCCCAUGAUAUUGGCCGGUUGUGGCUUAUGACUUACCGUUGAAUAUUUCCGCUAUUCAUUGGUUUAAAUGUGAUGUUGUUAUGUAUGUUUACCACUGAGUAUGGAAGGAUUAUUUUCUCGAACGCCUUGUGUAAUCAAGUGAGGUUGACUCGCGGGUGACGUCACUUGAUUAUGCGGCGGUUGUACACGCGCUUGGAUUGCGGUCUGGGGCGUGACAAUGGUACAUGUAUUUCCCCAAACACUACGUGCAAUUAGAUUACAACACGUAUUCUUGUAAUAUGUCUUUGGGUAUACCAAUUAUACAACCUUUUACACAUCUCGAC